GCCACCUGGAUCAAAAAUGCCAGGCCAGAUUUGUUUGUCCUAGUCCAUCCCUGGUGUUGGAUUUUAAACUCAGUAGUUCACAGAGAAAAUAACAAAGGGGAUAAAAUGGCACCUUGUUAUGCAGCUGUGUUCAGAGUACUUAUCUCUGACACCUUUCACACACAUUGUAGGACUGGGAGAUUAUUAUACAGCAAUUUAAGGUUUUUAUGACAGUUAAGGUUGAUAACUUUAAGUUGAUUCUAAACCAGUAAAAUAAAACAUUUAAGAGACUUUGAGUAAGAGUCAGAGACGUAUGGAGACAUCAACAAAACCUGAGGAGCCAAGAAGUAUUUUACAACUAGAAAUGUCAUGUUUCUUAUGUAGAGGACGUUUUAACUGAGGUGUCAUUUAAAAUGAGGAAACAAAGUCCAAACUCAAGGUGCCACUCCUCAUCCUGGCAUGCUUCAAAGCUAGGUAACCCCUCCCUGUAUUGUAUUAUUACAAAAAAAUAAUAGUCAGAGUCAGUCGUCACUGAGAGGUGAAAAGGCGCAGAAAGGAGUUCAGCUGGACCGGGAAACCUUCUCUUGUUCCAUCUGUCUGGAUCUACUGAAGGAUCCGGUGACUACUCCCUGUGGACACAGCUACUGCAUGGACUGUAUUAAAAGCCACUGGAUUGUAAGUACAGCUACAGCUGUCCUCAGUGCAGGAAGACAUUCACAGUGAGGCCUGUCCUGCUGAAAAACACCAUGUUAUCAGAUUUAGUGGAGGAGCUGAAGAAGACUGGACUCCAAGCUGCUCCUGCUGAUCACUGCUAUGCUGGAGCUGAAGAUGUGGCCUGUGAUGUCUGCACCGGGAGGAAACUCAAAGCACACAAGUCCUGUCUGCAAUGUCUGGCUUCUUUCUGUAAGCAACACCUUCAGCCUCAUUAUGAAUCAGAGACAUUCAAGAAACACAAGCUGGUGGAGCCGUCCAAGAAGCUCCAGGAGAACGUCUGCUCUCGUCAUGAUGAGGUGAUGAAGAUGUUCUGUCGUACUGAUAAGCAACUUAUCUGUUAUCUCUGCUUAAUGGAGGAACAUAAAGGCUACGACACAGUCUCAGCUGCAGCAGAAAGGACUGAGAGGCAGAAAAAGCUCGAGGGGAGUCAACAAAACAUCCAAGUGGAUGUUUUACUGCUACAACCAGAGCCGAAGACCAAACACACAGCUUUUAUUAUCGGAGGGGAACAGGAAAGCAACACUGUGUCAACAACAGUCUUAUUCUAGUCACCCAGACAGAUUCACUGACUGGUGUCAGGUCCUGAGUAGAGAGAGUCUGACUGGAUGUUGUUACUGGGAGGUGGAGAGGAGAGGAAGAGGAGGAGUUUAUGUAGCAGUCGCACACAAGAAUAUCAGCAGAGCAGGGGGGUCGGAUGAAUGUGGAUUUGGGUACAAUAACAAAUUUUGGGCGUUAGAUUGUUACAACAACAGUUCUACAUUUUGGUCCAACAAUGUCCAAACUCCCGUCUCAGGUCCUGAGUCCUCCAGAGUAGGAGUGUACCUGGAUCACAGUGCAGGUAUUCUGUCCUUCUACAGCGUCUCUGAAACCAUGACUCUCCUCCACAGAGUCCAGACCACAUUCACUCAGCCCCUCUAUGCUGGACUAGAGGUUGGUUGGUAUGGAGACUCUGCUGAGUUGUGUAACCUGAAAUAGACAGAAGUCAUUUAAGGUAGAGAUGUUCGAUACCGCCUAAAACGCUGGUAUCGGUAUCGGGAAGUACUGGAGUUUAUGCACCGAUCCGA